AUCUUAUCUGGUUUUGGUCGGGGCACCAGAAAAGGUAAGGGACUGAAUUAGAACAUACACUUUCACAUGCCAUUCUUUAGAUUAUAAUUAAUCUUCACUAGUAGUAGUAACUUUUCACAGGAGUAAGCAAAGCAAUUAAUUAAGUGUGGUGAUAGCAUAUUAGCAUUUCUUUUUGGCCCCAGGGUGAAUGAGAGCCGUCACUUUUGGUCAGUGAGUGGCAUUGCAGGGCUAUAUAUAUAAUCAGACAUUCAGACAGUUCAUAAGCAUAUCAGUCAUCUUGUAGCUAGAGAAAACUUACAAUGUGGGUGGAGUGGAGACCGGUGGUGGGAAUGUUAGCCUUCGAUCUCAUCACAGCUGUGAUGACCGCGCUGGUGAAGAAGGCGCUGGAGCGGGGGCUGGACCGCCUGGUUCUCGUCACACUUCGGCAGCUGGUCGCCACCAUAUUCCUUGCUCCCAUAGCCUAUUUCAAAGAACGGAGCACGAGGCCCAAGCUCACACUGGAGAUUCUGGCAUACUUAUUCUUCAGUGCCGUGUUCGGCGCCGCGCUCUCGCAGUACACCUUCUUCUACGGGCUGCAGUACACCACUGCCACAUUUGCCAUAACCUUCAUCAACCUCUCUCCUGUGCUCACCUUCCUCAUCGCUGUCGUGCUGAGGAUGGAGCCACUGAAGGUGAAAAGCAUGGCAGGGGCUGCAAAGAUCACCGGGACGCUGAUGUCGCUCGCCGGCCUGCUUCUGCUGACUCUGUACAAGGGCAUGCCACUGACGCACCAGGCCGCCACUGCACUGAGCCCGGCUGCUCACAACACUGAUGGCGGUGGCAACAGGAGCUGGAUGCUAGGCACCAUGGCGCUACUGGCCAACUGCAUGUUCUUCUCCUUCUGGCUUCUGCUGCAGACUAGGCUGACCAAGAAGUACCCGGCCAUCUACUCCAGCACCGCCCUCAUGUUCUUCAUUAGCACGCUGCAGGGAGGGGUUCUCACGGUGGCCGUCGAGCGGCGCGCCUCGUUGUGGAUGCUCACCGACAAGCUGGAGAUCAUCACCGUCUUGUAUGCAGGGAUCAUUGGGUCUGGAGCAGGAUACCUGAUAAUGACGUGGUGCGUGGAGAAGAAGGGCCCGGUCUUCACUGCAGCCUUCAUCCCCAUCAUCCAGAUCAUGGUGGCCACCAUCGAUUUCUUCUUCCUCCAUGAGCAAAUCUACCUUGGAAGCGUGUUAGGGUCUGUGCUGAUGGUACUGGGACUCUACCUUGUGCUGUGGGGAAAGAAGAGGGAUGAAGAAUCCUCUGUAUCUUGUGCUACUAACAAGCAAAUGGAUGAAGAGGCUGACAAUGUACAAGCAGUGAAACUGUAAAAAUCACGCACUAUUGGUACUGCAACACAUAACAUAUAGUUCUUCUCAUAUUCUCGCUGGAUGCAGCUAGCUAUAUAUGUAGAAUUUAGUAAGUGAGCAGAGAGCUCAUUUGGCAUAUGCCGCGUCCAGUGCUCUACAGUAGCUCCAUAUCGGGACGCUGUUAUUGGUUAUAUAUCCUAUAACUCCUUCCGUUUCAAAAUACUUUGCUAUUUUAACAGCAAGUGCAUUUGCAGUAAUCGGCACCUUGCAAUGUUGCUCACAUUUUACCAUAUUAUCAGUAUGGCGUGUACAAUGUUCCAUAAUUGGCUG